GUUAAGGCAUCCUUUCAUUUAAGAUCACCACAUCGUCACAUCUCAUGAACUUCUUCGGGGACAAUUACAUUUAAGUCGCACACUGCUCCCUCUCGAAAUGAAGAACUGCUGGAUUUUAGCUGUACUUUUAACAAAUGUUCGUUUUAUGAAAGCGAUUCAAAAGGAGAGACUUUUCCCUUUUGGAAUAUCUGAAGGGGAUUCAGUUCUUCAGGAAGGUGACGAUGAAGUGUCCGCAGCCCUGAAGAUAAAAAAGCCAUUACAGUUCUACGACAUGCAGUUCAACAUUCUUUAUGUUUCCACAAAUGGCUUUUUAUCCCUUCAGCCUCCUCCUGAAGAGAGCCAGUAUCUAGGAAGCACCUUUCCUCUGAGUUUCUCUGCCAUCGCACCUUUCCUGACAGACUUUAGUUCAGGAAGAGGGAAAGGAUCUGUGUUUUACCGUGUAGAGGAGUCAAUAAAUGUAUUAAACCGGGCUUCUGACAUGGUUCAGCAUGGUUUCACUGGUUCUGCAUUCAAGCCCAGCCACACAGUCAUCGCCACAUGGGACAACAUCGAAUGUGAAGUGGAAAAGCUCCUUCAGGUGACCAGUUUCCAGGUUGUGUUGGCUGGUAAUAAAUCAGAUACAUUUGCCUUGUUCCUGUAUCCUGAGGAUGAGCAGCAAAUGCUAAAUAUCAGUCACAAUUAUGCUAACAUGUCAAAAGGAGAUGUCAAACUGCAGGCUGGUUUUAAUAGAGGCGAUACAUCGACCACAGGAGAGCUGUUUUACAGUCUGCCUGGCUCUAAAGAGAACAUCAACCUCUAUAGGGAGGGGAACAUGGGAAUAAGCGGACUGUGGAUUUUCCACAUCGGAUCCAGCCGCUUCCCUUUUCAGAAUAUAGUUCCUGCUUCUGUCACCAAGUCUGACUCUAUGGGUUAUAAAACCACUCAAAGAACCACAAAAUCAAAUACAACUGCAGAUGAAUCUGCUUCUGAGCCUCAGGUGGACAAUCCAGCUUCACUUGUUCAACAGCCCUUAAAACCAAACCAAGAACUACAACAAGUCAAUGUAACCAAAAUGUGUGGUUUGCACCUGAGAUUCUGCUCUGUGGAUGGAUACUGCACAGACUACCCAACUGGGCCAUGCUGUUACUGCAGAACCGGCUACUAUGGCAAUGGCAGACAUUGUUUACCCAUGGGUAUUUCUCAACCUUUGAGUGGAAAGCUGAGUGGCCAUGUUUCUGUUGGGGGCACUAAAGUUCAGCUAAACAGUGUGGACCUCCAUGGCUUUGCGGUGGUGGGAGAAGGUCGUGUGUAUGUCUCCAUCAGUCCUGUCCCAGCUAGGGUGGGCUGGGCUCUGAUGGCUGUGGGCCCGCUGGUCUCCACAUUUGGCUGGCUCUUUGCUCUUGAGCUCCAGAACCAUCCAAAUGGCUUCAGCAUAACUGGAGCUGAGUUUUUCUACAAAGCAGAGCUGGUGUUCAGCCCACAAGGACAGCGUGUUGUCAUUAUUCAAGAGGCUCAAGGAAUGGAUUCAUUCAACCACUUGAAUUUUGACAUUAACAUCAUUGGAGAUUUACCUAGCAUUCCCAGUGGAGCCAAAGUUCAUAUUCUGCCAUAUACAGAGACCUAUCACUACAACCAUUCAGUGUUGACAUCAUCUUCACUGCGGGAGUACAUGGUGGUGUCAGAAAAUGGUGGAUCUGAGACGUUGUCCUACCUACUACAGCAGAACAUGAGUUUCAGUGGAUGUGCACAUGAUCCCAGGACCACACCAGACUUUCAGCAGGUGAACGUGGAGCAUCUGAUGGUCAUGUUCACAGAGGGAAACACACUCAGAUAUGCCAUCAGCAACAGAGUGGGACCUGUAGGAGGUGAGCUACCUGGACUUGUAGAGUUGAAUCCAUGUUUAACUGGGAAGCACCAUUGUGACCCGAUGGCCCUCUGUCUGCCAGGGGACGGCACUCAGUAUCUCUGUCAGUGUGCUAUGGGCUACCAGGGCGAUGGACAAAACUGCUACGAUGUGGAUGAGUGCGCGGAGGGGCUCAGUUCCUGUGGUCCUCAUUCUGACUGUGUGAACAUGCCGGGUGGCCAUCACUGCCACUGUCAGUCUGGCUACGAGUUUGACCUCGAUUUGCAUGAGUGUGUGGAUAUCGAUGAGUGUUUCGAGGAGCUCUGUCAUCCGUUUGCUUCCUGCUCAAACACCCAGGGCUCGUUCCGCUGUCAAUGCUGGCCUGAAUACAAGGGCGAUGGCUUCCUCUGCCAACCACCACGUUUUUCUUUAAAAAAAAAUUCUGCAGCAAAAAGGCCCAAGCCUUCAUUAACUGCAUGCCAGCAGCACAGAAACAGCCUGCAGGAGAGUAUGAGCAUGUAUCCAGCUCUGGAGGCUUUUGUUCCAAAGUGUGAUGAUAAAGGCCAGUACAAACCCCUGCAGUGUUUGGGCUCCACUGGACACUGCUGGUGUGUGGACAGCAGGGGGCAGGAGAGAGUGGGCACCAGGACAAUGCCUGGCACAGCUCAUGCCAACUGUGAUCAACCAGCUGCUCUGGUUCCCCGUGUGGAGACUGUGUGUGAGCGUUGGAGGCUUGCACUCAUGAGUCACUAUAAUGGUCAGCCGUCCUCUCAGGACUACAUGCCCCUCUGUGACGCUCACGGAAAUUUCCAGCCUGUGCAAUGUUAUGGCAACAGCGCUUUCUGCUGGUGUGUGGACCGACAUGGUGUUGAAAUUAUUGGAACCCGGUCCAACGAGGAUGUAAAGCCCCCCUGUAUAUCUGGUGAUGCCGCCCCACUCAACAAUGCACUGAUGUAUCCGGUUAUAAGCUCCUCCCCUUCAGGCCCUGCUAUACUUUACACACAAGCCUCACAGAUUGGAGUCAUUCCACUUGAAGAAACAGACCCAGUUCAGGAAAAGUCCACUGUGUUAUUAGCCUUACAGGACUCGGUUGUGAUUGGAAUUGACUAUGACUGUCAGGAGAACAUCUUGUAUUGGACAGAUUUUGGACGACAUACAAUUUACAGAGCAGUUCUAAUAUCUGGGUCUGAACCAGAGGCUGUUAUCAGCAAAGACUUGAUUCAGCCGGAGGGAAUUGCAGUGGACUCUGUGCACAGGAUGCUGUUCUGGGCAGACAGUGGGAAAGACAAGAUUGAGACAUCUGGCCUGGAUGGCAGUAAAAGAAGAGUACUGAUUGACUCAGGUUUGGUCAAUCCCAGAGCCAUCAUAGUAGACGCUAAGAGUGGAACUGUAUUCUGGACAGACUGGAACCGUGAUGCUCCCAAAAUAGAAAGCUCAUCACUGGAGGGACGUAACAGAAAAGUACUGGUGCAAGUGGGUCUCAUGUUGCCCAAUGCCUUGACAUGGGACAAUGCCACAAAUCAACUGUGCUGGGCUGAUGCAGGCACAAAGAAACUGGAGUGCAUAUCUCCGGAUGGGACUCAGAGACGUGUGUUCCAGGAUACUUUGAACUAUCCGUUCAGUCUAGCCAUCCAUAACAAACACUUCUAUUACACCGACUGGGAGAGAGAUGGGAUACUGGUGAUUGACCAAAGCACAGGGAAAAACACAGAUUAUCUGCCCAUUCAGCAGUCACACUUAUAUGGGAUCACAUUUAUCCCAUCACAAUGUCUAUAGAGACCCUGUGGAUCUCUGCAGUUACAGAGACUGUAAGGAUUUUUGGAAUAUAAAUAAAUGACAACAAAA